UUCUCUCUCUCAUUGCAGUUACAGAACGUACCAAAUGAAAGCAAACAAAAAAAGCGAUAAACGAACCACCCACUGAUGCCAACACCUUCGGUGCCUGUGGGUCCCAUUUUAUCUCUCUUUCUUAAUCUCCACUUUCCAUUCCUCACACUUCCCUCACCGACGCACACACAUUCACAAUCCUUUCAAUUCAACUCCAACCUACUCCACCGCCAUGACGACGGCUCCACCACCAACGCCGCCGCCACUCGAACUCAAAACCUACUGGUGCCACGAAUGCGACAUGAGCGUCUCCCUCACUUCCUCCUCCUCUCCCUCUCCUCUCCUCUGCCCUCAAUGUCACACCCAUUUCCUCGAACUCAUGGACUCCCCUUUCUCCCAAAACGACGCCGAUUCGUUUCUCCCUUCUUCCUCCCUCUUCGACGUCGUUUUCCAAGACGCGCUUUUACUACUCGCACCUCCUCCAUCUAAAACCCGAACAGAAACAAUAAUUCCUAUAAUAACCGUUACAGAAACUCUUCUUUCUUUACUCGAUCCAAACGGCGUCGUUUUAUGCGCGGUUUGUAAGGAUGCUAUUUCCGUUGACGAAGAAGCGAAACAGCUUCCUUGUGAUCAUCUUUACCACUCCGAUUGUAUUACUCCAUGGCUUCGUCUUCGAUCUUCUUGUCCUCUCUGUCGAUUCAGAAUCUCAGAAGAUGAAGAUGAAGAUGAAAAUGACGAAGAUGAUGAGGAAGAUGUCAAUGGUGCUGAUAUGAUGAGGGAGAUGAUGGCGCGGAUGUCGGAGUUGUCGGAGGAUGAUUUCUAUGGCCUGAGAAUGACUCUCAAUUACAUUGCUUCCCGGCAUGAACUUCUUCAUUCUAAUGCUUCUGGCGGCGGUGAUAAUCAUGAUGCUAGUAGUGAAGUUGGUGGAGAUGUAGAUGGAGGAUCUUGAUGCUGAAGUUCCUUGAGGUAUAUAGUGUACUAAAAGAAUAUUGAAGUUGUAUCACCAUAGAAGAUCGUCUUAUCAAGUGUAAAUCUGCACCGACGAUUAUGCUUCUUCUAGUGUUAUAGCUAGAAAUACAAUAAAUUGAUGCAAUGCACAAGUGCUGUGCAUUUCUCUUCCCCUUUUUCACUCUGUAUGUCGGUCCUUGAAACUGGACUCUCUUAGACCAAAUUCUCAUCCAUCUUAGUCAAUAAAAUCAUUGUAGUAUUCAGCUCCUA